GCUGCAAUCGCUUGCGCCCGCUGGCGGGCGAGGCAGGCGGCUGCUGCACGAGCGAACAGGCCUGGAGCACGCAAUCUUGACAGGCAGCAGAGGUGGGGGGCUCCUGGUCAUUGAGACCCCACUCCCGCACAGAAGGCUCAUGGAGCUCGGAGCACGCGGGCCUUCAUCUUAAGAGCUAGCAGGUUCCCUCUGGACCUGCAGGGCGCCCGUCCCAGUCUAGCCACCAUGGCGCACGGUUUCGCAGUGGGCUUGGACCCGCUGGGCCUCGGAGACCUAAGCUCUGGCUCUCUGAGCUCUCUCUCCUCUCGAGGCCACCUGGGCAGCGACUUGGGCUCCGCAACGCGAUACCUGCUGAGGAAGCAGCAGCGGCUGCUGAAUGGGCCCCCCCGCGGAAUCCGAGCCUCAUCGCCCAUGGGCCGCGUCAUCCUCAUCAACUCCCCCAUCGAAGCCAACAGUGAUGAGAGUGACAUCAUCCAUGCAGUCCGGGUAGAGAAGAGUCCCGCAGGGAGGCUGGGUUUCAGUGUGCGAGGCGGCUCCGAGCAUGGCCUGGGCAUCUUCGUCAGCAAGGUGGAGGAGGGGAGCAGUGCAGAGCAGGCUGGCCUGUGCGUGGGGGACAAGAUCACGGAGGUGAAUGGGCUGAGCCUGGAGAGCACCACCAUGGGCAGCGCUGUGAAGGUGCUGACAGGCAGCAGCCGGCUCCACAUGAUGGUGAGGCGCAUGGGCCGUGUGCCGGGCAUCAAAUUCUCCAAGGAGAAGACCACAUGGGUGGAUGUGGUGAAUCGGCGGCUGGUAGUGGAGAAGUGCAGUUCGACACCGUCCAACAGUAGCUCAGAGGAUGGCGUGCGGCGCAUCGUCCACCUAUACACAACCUCCGACGACUUCUGCCUGGGCUUCAACAUCCGCGGGGGCAAGGAGUUUGGCCUGGGCAUCUAUGUGUCCAAAGUGGACCGUGGUGGGCUGGCCGAGGAGAAUGGCAUCAAGGUCGGGGACCAGGUCCUGGCAGCCAACGGUGUCAGGUUUGACGACAUCAGCCACAGCCAGGCAGUGGAGGUGCUGAAGGGCCAAACGCACAUCAUGUUGACCGUCAAGGAGACUGGCCGGUACCCUGCCUACAAAGAGAUGGUUUCUGAGUACUGUUGGCUGGACCGAUUGAGCAACGGGGUGCUGCAGCAGCUGUCCCCAGCCUCUGAGAGCAGCUCCAGCGUCUCUUCCUACGCGUCCAGUGCCCCCUACAGCUCGGCUGAGGGCUCGGGCUCCCUGCCCUCAGACCGCAUGGAUGUCUGUCUAGGGCCUGAGGACCGGGGCAGCCGGGGCCCAGGCUGGGACAGGGCAGACACAGCCAUACAGACAGAGCCCGACAUGGGGGGCCAUGUGGAGACCUGGUGCAGUGUGCGGCCCACCGUCAUCCUCAGGGACACAGCCAUCCGCUCUGAUGGACCCCCGCCCAGCCGCCACCUUGACUCUGCGCUCUCUGAGUCCCCCAAGACUGCUCUGCUGCUGGCCCUCAGCCGACCCCGGCCCCCCAUCACACGCUCCCAGAGCCACCUGACUUUGUGGGAGGAGAAGAAGCAGCGGAAGAAGGAGAAGUCGGGGUCCCCUGGGGAGAAGGGGGCCCUGCAGCGCUCCAAGACGCUGAUGAACCUCUUCUUCAAGGGAGGGUGGCACGGGCGGCUGGCAGGGGACGGGCGCAGAGAGGCCUGGACUCUGGACAGAGGGAGCCCAGCCAAGCCCCACUCUUGCCUGGACACGGAGAAAGCAGGGGGAGUGGGGCCCGUACAGAAGUUUGUCACCUGGAGACUGAGACGCGACCGGGAGAGGGGCCGGAACCUGCUCUCUGCCAGGUCUGGGAGCCCCUCCAGCCAGCUGCCCAAUGUGGAUGAGCAGGUGCAGGCCUGGGAGAGCCGACGGCCCCUUAUUCAGGACCUGGCCCGGAGGCUGCUGACUGAUGACGAGGUGCUGGCAGUCACCCGCCACUGCUCCCGGUAUGUGCACGAGGGUGGUGUGGAGGACCUGGUGAGGCCCCUGCUGGCCAUUCUGGACAGGCCUGAGAAGCUGCUGCUGCUGAGGGACAUCAGGAGUGUGGUGGCCCCCACGGACCUGGGCCGCUUCGACAGCAUGGUGAUGCCGGUGGAGCUGGAGGCUUUUGAGGCCCUCAGGAGCCGGGCAGUACGGCCUCCUGCCUUGCGACCAGCCCGGCAGGACACACCGCCCAAGCGUCACCUCAUCACCCCUGUGCCUGACAGCCGUGGAGGCUUCUACCUGCUGCCUGUGAAUGGCUUCUCGGAGGAUGAAGGUGAUAGGGAGCUGCGGGAGCGGCUGGGGGGCCUCCAGGUCUCCCUGAGUGCCUCUGACCCCCGCCACCCUCAUAAAGGAAUCCCCCCUCUCCAAGACGUGCCAGUAGAUGCCUUCGCCCCACGCCGAGGCGCCUGCACACCCCCACCACAGCCACCAGCCGUGGCUCCCCGGCCCCCGAGGCCUAACUGGCUGCUAACAGAACCCCUGACCCGAGAGGACCCUCGUCAGAGCCAGAGCCAGAGCCAGGGCCUGGCCCAGAGCCGCAGCCGCAGCCACAGCUGGGGCCGAGGCAAGUCCCCGGGACGCAGGCGUUCCCCAUCCCCGGCACCUAUCCCUGCCCCCAGCACAGCCAACGGGCGCUACCACAAGCCUCGGAAGGCCAGGCCCCCUCUUCCACGACCUCUGGAUGGGCAGGCAACCAAGGUAGGGGGCAGUCAAAGGCUCUCCGAGAAUGGAACUGGUGGGACAGCCGAGCAGGCAGCCAUGAAGGCCCCUAGUGGGGAGCUGAGGACGGUCACGCUGUCCAAGAUGAAGCAGUCCUUGGGCAUCAGCAUUUCUGGGGGCAUUGAGUCCAAGGUGCAACCCAUGGUGAAGAUAGAAAAGAUCUUCCCUGGGGGGGCCGCCUUCCUCAGUGGGGCCCUUCAGGCUGGCUUCGAGCUUGUGGCAGUGGAUGGAGAGAGCCUGGAGCAGGUGACCCACCAGCGAGCAGUGGACACCAUCCGCCGGGCUUAUCGAAACAAAGCUCGGGAACCCAUGGAGCUUGUGGUCAGGGUCCCUGGGCCUGGCCCACUACCCUUACCCUCUGACUCUCUGCCCUCAGACCAUUCCCCUGCUCGCUGACCCCUUGAUGGUUUUCCAGUUCCUUUCCACUCACUCCCAGAACCUCUCAUUAAUGCCCUUCCCACCAAGAGCCAGACCCCUCUCCCCGCCCCCGAUGCCAGGCUCCUCCAGCUGACCCUCAGCCUCGUUCUCUCUCCAACCCUCCAGACUCCUGAUACUAACCCCACUCUCCUCACCUAUCCCACGACCGCACAUCCUCCCACGGAGCCACCUCCUGUCUUCAGACCCCACCUACCUCCUCAGAGCUUGGGGCCCUCCCACUCCUGCUCGCCUUGCCUACUCCCAAAGCUGCACACUGGUUGGCUCAGAUUUCCCUUCUUCCCUCCACAGUUGUCAUUAAGGCUCUGCCCUUUCGAUAAACUUGGUGUCAAGGACAAGGUGCCACUGGGCAGCCUGUGACACCCACUCACUGUCCCCAACCUUCCAAGAUAGGAAGGGGGUUGAGAAACCCAAGGUCUGGAGCUUGGGACUGCUGGGUACUUUCUCAUGAUGCCCCCAAGCACUAAGGGUCAUGGGCUCUCAGAUAGGGUCCUCAAGGGGUCACUGCAUCCAUCCAUCCCCUAGGCCCAAGCAGUGUUCUCUGCAAGGGACAAGAUGGAAGUCCUUCCUAGUUUCUCAAACCCAGAGAGACCGUUUCAUGUUGUGGUCUACUAGGACCUGACUUUCUACUGGAUUUAUCCUUCCCCCAUCACCCUUUCUCCCCUAAGACCUCUAUGAGGGGUAGGGAAAUAGAGAGCAAAUAAAGAGGGAGUGGGGGUCUAACAAGUUCCUGUAAUCUUAAUCCAGCAUACUCAAUCCUUUUUUAAAAACAAUUUUUUUUUUAAUUUUUUCUUUGGGUUUGUACAAGAAAUUUACAGUGUGAAAAAUAUACAAGUGAAAACGAGGCCAUAAAUCUGGGUGUGGGGAGGGGCCACUUGGUCACAAACACAAAUAAACAAAACAUUUCUGAGUU